AUGGGUGCCACGUGCCGUAUGUCGCAGAUGCUCAGACGCCUCGCUGCUGCCCACCAUGACGAACUGAGUGUGGAGGACGACGACGCCACAGCGACGACGCCGCGCUUGUGCUCCGCCGUGCGGCCCCCCCCCCCCCCCCCCCCUAACAGUGUCCCUGGCAUCUGGCUGGAGUCGGCGGCCACCCACACCUCGCCUGAGGCUCUCGGCCAACCCUGGCGCUGGGCCUCAGCCCCAAAUACCACCAUCACCCGCCGUUUCCGCCAUGGGCGUCAUUGCCACGUUUUGACAGAGCAGAUCAUCUCGGGCAAGGUUCAAAAUCGAGUCUAG